AUAUAUAUAUUUAUAAGGUUUAAGACACGUGAAUUGUUUUGAAUUAAAAAAAAAUGUUUUUUCCAAAAGGUGAUAGUCACUCUGAAACAAAUAUUCUAAAUGUGUUCCAUAAUAGAUUUUCUGAGGAAUUUUGUAAUCUUGCUGUAUAAACUUUUUAAAGCAAAAUACUUUUGAAAGUAACAAAUUUGAGGUGGAAUAUUCUUUUCAAGGAAAACAUGAGAGACCAGUACUUAGUAUUGAAUCUCCUCAGAUUUCCGAAAAGUUUCCGACAGAAGCUGUAAUCUGCAAGUAAACUGAGAAAACGUCUAAACUGAGGUAGAUUUAAUAAAUACAUACUUUACUAUUCGAUGAACGCUGUCCUGUUCUUGAAAGUUACUAAACUAAACCUUACAUUACCCAGUUGAUACUCAAACAUUGUAGAAGCGUCGAUUUGGCGUCAAUUCGCUCAGACGUCGGCUUUAACGUAUGUAUAGCAGUAACUGCUGGUAAGUUAAGAAGAUUUAAGACACCCACAAAUCACAAGAAUAUUUUUCCCUUUCUUUUUUUUUCUUUUCUUUUUGGAGUCCUGUAGUUGAGUAAUGCCGGUCCUGGGAUUAUUAACGCAGACCACGCAGGAAUUUUUUCUCCAUCUUGGGUUUGGUUGAUUCAGUGCUUACAAUGUGAGGUUGUUAUGCAACCGUAUUGCGUACGCGUAUUUAAAUGUGGUAUAUGCAACAUAAACUUAUGAAUCAUAGUAUAACAGGCACAUGAUUUAGAUUUAAAGAAAGAUUGUUUUAAAUAAAAAGUUUUUCUCAUAGUUAAGCUAAUUAGUAACAGUCAUUGUAGGCUUGCAUGAUUCAGGUUUUAAUCAGCUGUAGAGGUAAUUAGGGGCAAUUUCUUAUUAUUUGUUUUUUUAACAGUUAUCUGACAUGCGAAUUAGUUGAUCAAUUUGAGGAAAUGAUGUAAUUGCUGAUGAUUUCUUUGUAGAAAAGGACUUAAACAAAGAUUAGUUGUAAAAGAGAAAUCAAAAAAACCUGUUCAUAGUUAAAUCAACUCUUUUGUAUUUUCUGUAUUUUGUUGGAUGUAAAGUAUUCACACAUUUUUACUCAAUGUUCAACACACCUGUUGUUUCCUUUUUGGCUACAACAAGAAAUCGUCUAACAAUAGGUAGCUUUCGAACUACAUUUCGAUAUUAGGAUUCUAAAAUUAUUUUCAUAUAAAUAUUAGGUAUUAAAGUUUAUAUUGCAUUACAAAUAUAAAUUACAGAGUUAUAACUCAGCAUUUGUUUUGUGUUUCAACGGUUAAUCUUAUUUGUCAACAAGGCGUAAGUUUGUAACUAGACAACACCAGAUUACAAAAUACUUCUGCAAUGUUAAAUUUUAAGGUGCACCCUAAGACUUACUAACAGAAAACAUGUCUAUAUCAUUUUUGCUUCGAGAUUUUGAGUCGCAGAUGGCAUCGGCGUGUACAAUCAAAUUCCUGGGUUUUUUGAUAGCUUUUUAACUAGGUUGGAUAGUUAUAAGUAAAAUUGGCUGAAAAGCAAAAAAGACGACUCGUUAAGAUUGGAGUUGAAAGAGAAUUUAAUUGCACUAAAAAGAUUUCGUAUUGUAUUUGGUAUUUUCAAUCAAAUCAGUUUUUAUAAACCGUUUUUAUAAUUAGUGUAGAUAACUAAGUAGCAACGUUCAGAGAUGUGCUGCUGUGAGAUUUUCACUGAAUUGUAUCUCAGCAAAUAUUUUUAUAGGCUUGCACGAACAAAACGGAACAAAAGUGACAGUACCACUUAAGAAAUUCUUUUUUGUUUUAUAAUCUAUGCUGUUUUUAAUCAAAAGGGUAGAUGGAAUUAAAUGUAGCAUUAUAUUUGACUAGUUGUUUAUCAGUUAAGAAAAAAAUCCACAGCCCUCACAUUUUUGCACAUAAUUCAUACAUAUUUCCUGCAUUGGCAUUUUGUGCGUUUUUGUCUGCCUGCGAACAGGAAGUAAAAAAAAUAUUCCGACGGGGGUUUGAAGAAAGAAUAUUUCGCAGACAUACAGAGUGCAUUUAUUAUAAAUAUAUAGAUGCUUCAUGCAUAAUAAUUUAUUGUGCUUGUUUACGUUUAUCCUACUGUCUUUUUUGACGUCGGUCAAUACCUGCGUAUACCAACCCGUCUUACAGAGAGCUAAGCCAAGGCAUUAGAACCUGGACACACAAACUGGUAUUGCCUAGUUGUAUAGCAAACAACUUCAGCCUUUCGUCAUUUUUGAAAUAUGGAUAAGUAGGUCAUUACUUGAGGAUUUGCAAACCAAGUGGAUAGCGUUUAAAUUGUGCUAGUAACCUUAUAUAGCUUUUUUGCGCAACGAAUUGAUCUCCGUCGGGUCCCUGUUUUAAAAUGUCGGAAAAAUAGUCAGGCUGAUAUCUACAAAUUCAAAAACUCAAAAGUACGAACCUAAUCCGCGUCCGAUGUUAAAAAUAACUGACUGCAGAAAGUUCACAAACAAAAACGCAUAAAAUGCUUUUUAUCAGAAAUUGUUAUGCAGUAAUGAUUUCGUUCAGUCGAAUUUUUAUAAAGUGGAUAUUCGCGGACAAAUCUGUCUCAGUGUUUUCCAGGCUCUCUUCAGUCUUUCUCUCUGUUUGACAGACAGGUAUAUUGCUCGGACAGACCAAGAGAAAAACAUUUAUUAAAUAGGAAAUAAAAAUGCUACAAGUCUAAAUAAAUAACCAACUGUUUUACACAAAUAUUUAGAAAGUAAGUAAAAAAAAAUAGAAAAAAAUGUGUGCCAAUGGUCACUGCAUGGAGGAAAAUGUCAAUAAAACUGCUUACACAACGAGGGAACUGCCCGCUUAAGAAAGAUUCCGCUGAAAAAGGUUUAUUCUGGCUUCAAAGUUUUUGCAAAAUGAAAACAAUCUAUAUUUCCUUGUUAACAAUAACAAAGAGGGUAAAAAUCACGUGGAAACUGAAGCUUCCUAUUUCACAAAUUAUGUUAAACCUUUAAAAGUACUUUUUGUCUAACUAAAGUUUGCCACGUUCUUUUACGAUCAUGCUUAUUAGCAGAAAACAACUUUAAUUACCGUACGCAAUAGUGUCUAUGUUAAAUAUGUACGGAAUGAGGUAUCAGUGAUGGGUGAGUACUAGCGGUUUCAUAAAUUGAACAAUCCCCUUCCAGCUUGCUAAAUAGCAACAGGAAAUGGGAAGGUCUGUCUUAAAACGGAUAUCAAAGCUGCAAUUCUAAUUUAAGACAAAAAUUAAUUAAUUAACUUUGGUUUUUAUCACUUUCUCUUAAUCGUUGGAGCCUUCACAGAUUAGCGGUCAAUUAAUGCACUAAAAAUACUAAAUAAUUUUGUUUACUUCAGUUAGGAAAGAUUGCAUAACUUUGUGAAAAUUUUAGAUUUUAGAAUGUCGAGGAUACAAAAUAUCAAUACACCUAGCUUACAAACUCUGAGUUUUUAAACAAUCUGGACUUUAGACCUUAGCGACAAUAUAAGGCUAAAUUUAAGUUUUCCACUCUUAAAACAGUUGGAUAUCUGUUAAUGCUAAUAAAAGUUUACCUUCUCAUUUUUUUAUUGUUACAAAUACUCGUAUUUUUCAGUCUAAAUCCUUAACUAAAUGUCAAAUAUGACAAUCAUGAAGCCUACAAGGGAGGAACAAAGUCCAAUGCUUUAAAUAACUUUAUAAAAUGCCUGCUCCAAACCCACUGGUCAGUUUUUAUUAGCAUUUUUUCUGGCGCUAUGGCAACAGCGUCGAAGUUAAAGCCAGCCUUUAGUUCAAUGCAAGACACUCCGUUGCUAUCCAGUAAUGUACUGCCUUUUUAUUUGUUAAUCAGCCGGAAAUAAUUUACAUAUUUUUUGAUAAUGCAUUGGUUAUGUUUUUAUAGAGUAUUAUUUAUUUUAACGGCUUGGAAAAGAUUGUUUGUCCUAUGAAUAUUAACAUCUCAAAUUUUCUUAAUCAGUAUACCACUAACUAUAAUAUAUAGUAAGGCUUAUGUGCGAUUUACUACGUCUAGAUGGAUGCAAAAUAGUUAGACAGUCUACAAAUGUUUGUCACAGAAUUAUAUAUUUUAGGCAUUUCCGUCUUCUUCAAAAUAGCGCAGUCAGCGUUCUUGGACAUUCGAGAUAACAGAAGAUAGAUGUAAUCUGGUGUUUCUGGCAACCUUUAUCAAAAAGUACAAUACACUUAUUAUGACCAUCUCUAUCUCCGUAGUUCUCUUUCCAAAGCUUUUAAUUCUAGCAUGCACAAAGGAAAUUUCUUAAUGAAUUCUAUUAAGCAAUUUUAUUAUACCUCAUUCUGUAAGAGUCAGGGUGGUGGAAAAUGCAUUUUAUAUGUGCGAUGAAAUUUUGUUUUAAAGAUUUUACGUUAAUUUCAAAGCCACGUAUUUACUUCAAGUUUUUCCUAGACUAAAAAUACAAUGUUCUAUCAUGAAUCUAAAGUGUUUUAUCUAAUACUAUAAUGUUUUAUCAGUAAAGUUUAUAAAAAGUUUAUAACUAUAGUGAAGUUCGAAGCUUUCAAGAUAUUAGAUGAGAUAAUAAGGAGACUCAAUUUUCUCUAAAAAUGUGAAAAAAUUCGUCAACACUGAUUUUUUACUAAACGCAUGCCAAAAAUCACUAAUUUAUGUAUUAUCCUUUAAAUUGAUCUAAAAAUUAUCACAUGAAAAUUCAGCUUCUUAUGACUACAGUUGUUCAACGAUUAGUCCUUGACGUAUUAGUCAUAACAAGAGCCUAAAUAAUAGACAGAAGUGUUAUUCUACAGUAUCCCAUAGUUUCUAACGAUAUAUAUAUAUUCAAGACAUAGCUCUUAUGACAGAAGGUAUUAUAGUGUGAAUAUCAGUAAGCUAUCAAUACACUAAGUCUACUACGUAUGGGGUAUCUCAUGCUAAGCAGGUGUCGUGCAGAGAUGAAGCAAUGAAGUUAAUAGGUAACGGUGUGUUGGAUCAAUUAACAUUCUAUAUUGGAUUUCAAAGGAUGGUUUUUAUAUGCUCUCAUAUAUUUGACUGUUAAAGAUUAUUUUAUGGAUAUUCUUGACUUGUAGAUCGACAAAAGAUAUACAGCAGCACUAAGUCUGAUUGAUGACGAGUUUACUUCGGAAGGUGCAUCGUUAAGACAGCUUUCUGACUGCGUGUGGAACACCACAUUUAACAUUCAGAACUGUCUUAUAUUGCCUUAGGAGGCCCUAAAGUAUCAUCUAGCUAUUGCGAAGAAUCAAACAUUAACAGAGGGGCAAGAAAACCGUCUAAAAAUGCAAAAACGGUUGCUAAGGGCGUUGCUAUGCAUUUAAAAAAAAGUGUCAGAAUGCGCAAUAAAAACGUAAAUUUGUCAUAAGCACUACUUGCCACGGUAUUCUAAGAUGAAUUUGCUGUCAGAAAACAGGUAAAAGACAAUUCUUGAAAUUUAGAAUUUUUUGCUAGGUGAACCGCCUUAACCAAAAUGGUUAAUUAUUGCGAAAAUAUGUACUUAGUUCCGUAGCUUCUGCGUUGUAUAAAAGUUUUAUUCUUUUUAAUUUCUUUAUCUAAGUUUAUUUUAUUUUUUUGAAGACACAAAAGUUGAAAAUUCUCAAUGAUUUUCAUCAACAACUUUUAAGUUUACCUGAAUAGCUAUGUACACGCAUAUUAGAUUCAUAUAGAAACCGUCGCAUAUUUUAUACCACUUGCUGCAAUACUUAUAACUAGUCUUAAUUUGAAUCUGCUCUCACAACACGCAUGGGACAAUUAAUUCUCAAAAUCACUCUGCGUCAAAAAAAAAAAUAAAUAAAUAAAAAAUUUAGAUUUGUUUGUGAGCUUUGUAAGAAUUGUGCAUGAUUAAAAUUUGGUAAGUAGAUGUUAAUUCUCUUAUUUUGAUUUUAAUUUUUAUUGUUAUUAUUAUUAUUAUUAUUAUUUGUUUAUUUGGUUUCGUGUUCGUUUAUUUAUUUGCUUAUAUAAUGUCUAAAUGUUCACGAAAGUUCAUGUGAAUGUUAUGACUGACGCAUGACGAGAUAUCAAUGGAAUAGGUAAAUAUAGAAAGAAAUGGUAAAAUUUUUAACAUAAGAUGAUAGCUAGAAUAAUAUUUUUGAUGUAAAAAAGUCAGCACCUCUGUCAAAUAUUUUUAGCUGUAAAAUUGCAUAUGAAGAUGCGAUCAUGUCAAAAAAAAGCAUUUAUGUUCGUAACACAACACAGUGUUGAACAAAUAAUUGAUGUGUUAAGGUUCUUCAGCUAUGCUAAUUACUACAAGAUUUUGCAAAGUUUUAGCAACAAUCAACUGACAGUGCAAAACAAAAAAAUUAAGCAAUGAUAUCUUUUCUGCUGGUCAGUAAUAUUACCCAAGUUGUUUAAUUUUGGUAAAUGAUCUAACAAACCCCCUGGCAUUUAUUUAUUUUUCAAGAUUUUAGGGGAACAUUUAUAAAAGACGGGGUGAAAUGAGAUUUUCCCGAAAUGACAAAGGCAAACUUACUUCUCAGACAUAACAGUUUCAAAGAUUACCAAAGUAAAGAAUGUGAUGAAGAUAAUUUUUAUCAACUCACUGAUUCAAACAGUAAUGAGUAUAUGUUUACAAAUACAGAGUCAAAACAUCAAGUCAAACUUGCUAAAACUAGAAAGGUAAAUGGUUUUAAGACGAACAAUGAUAAAGAUGAAAUAUCGAGACCACUGACAAGAAAGAAAUCUUUCGCUAGACUCGGUAAUGCCUUGAGAGAUUUCCAACAAAAACUUUCGAUGAGGACAAAUAACAAACCAGACGAAAAAGUCGAUGUCAAUAUUGAAAAAAUGCAUAAAAAAUGUAAGCGUUCAUUGUCUUUACCAGCAAUAGUUAAUGAAGAAAAAACAUCUAAAAAACGGACCAGAAAGUUGAGUGUUUUUCGUAAAUCUCCCGCGCCACCAAAAACACCUGAUACUGAAUGUAAUAAUAACAAUGACGCUAUAUUUACAAGAAUGAAAAAUUAUAGACAUAAAAACCCAGACCAGAUCACAGAAGAAGAGAGAGAAUUAGAGUUAAUCAACAAGAGGCGUAGAGGUGGUCGGAGCAGAUCUGCACAAUUACCUCGACAAGAGGGUAUUAUUAUAAAAGAAAAACUAUCGAGAAACAGAAGUCUUUCAGCAGAUUUUGAAGAAGUUCCAACGUUUCAACAACUAGUUGCUUUAAGACUUCAUUCCUCGAAGGAGACGCAGCUAUGUUCUACCGACCUGUAAAUUUGUUUAAAUAAAAUUAAUCUCAAUAUCAAAAACAUAAAUUGUUGUUUUUGCUGGUCUUCUAAUUGUGAUAUUUGCGGGAAAAUAGUCA